GGGGGCGGGGCCGCGGCGCGCUGGCCGGGCGGGAGCUGACAAUGAGCCUCCAUAAAAGGGAGCGGCAGGGGGCUGGGGCCCCGGAUUGAGCCCUCCCCGCCCGGGCUCCCGACGCGCCGAGGUCUCGGGGAGGCCCGGACGCGCCGGUCGCAAGCCCGGCCGGCGAGUGGCGGGGAGGGGGCUGCGCGGGGCGGGCGGCAGGCCAGGCGCUGUUCCGGGCGGGAGGCCUGAGGCGGCCGCCGGCUGCGCGCCGAAGCCUGCGCGCCAGUCCUCAGGCCACCGCUUUCGCCCACGGCCGCACCAUGGCCGUAAAGGCCGAGGGCGCCGCACUCGACUGCUUUGAGGUGACGCUCAAAUGCGAGGAAGGGGAGGACGAGGAGGAGGCCAUGGUGGUGGCCGUAAUUCCGCGGCCUGAGCCGAUGCUCAGAGUGACCCAACAGGAGAAGACCCUGCCGCCUAGACCCAGCCCGCUGGAGGCAGGCAGUGAUAGCUGUGAGGAGCCCAAGCAACAGGUGUCUUGGGAGCAGGAAUUCCUGGUGGGCAGCAGCCCUGGAGGCAGCGGGCGGGCGCUGUGCAUGGUGUGUGGCGCUGAGAUCCGGGCACCCUCGGCCGACACGGCGCGCUCGCACAUCUUGGAGCAGCAUCCUCAUACCCUGGACCUGAGCCCUUCCGAGAAGAGCAACAUCCUGGAGGCCUGGAGUGAAGGGGUGGCCCUCCUGCAAGACGUCAGAGCUGAGCAGCCAUCCCCACCCCACUCAGACUCAGGCCAGGAUGCCCAUCCAGACCCAGACUCCAAUCCAGACCCUGCCAGAGUGCCAGCUGAAAUCGUCGUGCUCCUCGACUCUGAGGAUAACCCAUCUCUCCCUAAAAGGAGUCGUCCCAGGGGACUUCGCCCCCUCGAGCUUCCUGCUGUCCCUGCCACAGAGCCAGGAAAUAAGAAGCCACGUGGUCAGAGAUGGAAGGAGCCCCCAGGGGAAGAGCCAGUCAGGAAGAAAAGAGGCAGACCUAUGACCAAAAACCUGGACCCUGACCCAGAGCCCCCAUCACCAGACUCGCCCACGGAGACUUUUGCGGCACCAGCAGAGGUCCGACACUUCACUGACGGCAGCUUCCCCGCUGGCUUUGUCCUGCAGCUCUUCUCCCACACCCAGCUCAGGGGCUCAGACAGCAAGGACCCACCCAAAGAUGGGGAAGCGGCAGAGGGAGGCCUUCCCCGGGCAGAGAGCCCCUCUCCAGAAUGUAAGGGCCUGCGGAUUAGGAUGUGUGAGUCCUACACUGUGAUGUCCCCAGGAGCCAAAACAGUGCCUGGCACAGAGUAGGCCUGGCUUAUGUGUUUGGUGAAUGAGUAAGUGCUUAAAUAUUCCAGCCAUGGGCCAUUGUUAGACCUUGGUCCCUGAGAGGUCUCACCCAGAUUCACAGCUUUCAAUGCCUUGUGUGCCCGUAACACCUACUUUGGCCCCUCUUUCCUGGUUCCAUCCUCUUUUCCAGUUGCCCAGGUGGCACCUCUACAUGGUUGUCUAAAAGAUCUCAAACAUCACGCCACUGCACUCCAGCUUGGCGACAGAGAGACUCCAUCUCAAAAAAAAAGUCAAACUCAGCACAUUGAAACUGAACCCCCAGUCUCUCCAAUGCACCCCACCCCUAGCCUUGAUGAUUUUCCCUUUCCCAGUAAACAGACAGCCCCAGCCUUCAUUUACUGUGGCCACACCCAUAUAGUCACCCUCUUCUUUCUCUGUCCAACCCAGCAUCAGUCCAGCAGCCAAUCUUCCAAAACAAGUUCAGAGCUCAUGCUGCUGUCACCACAUCCACUGCUGCUACCCUAGUCCAGGCUGGCUGUCGCCUGGUUCCUGAAACAAACCUAAGCCAGGUCUCUUGGCUUCUGAGCUUUGCCCACUAUGCUCUGCUCUCCUGUAGCACCCAUAGUGUCCUUGGUGAGAACACAAGUCAGAUCCAGUCACUCCCCCACUUACAGCCCUCUUGGUGACCAGUGAGCCUCCUCCCAGGCUCCUGACCUCUCCCUGGACACUCCGCUCCCUACACGGGUACUGGCCUUGCUGUUCCUCCACUAGGGUGUCCACAUUUGCUCUUCCCUCUGCUGAAAAUGCUGUUUCCCCACCUGUCUUUGGCUGACCCCUCACUGCCUCUGUGUCUCUGGUCCCCUGUCAGCUCUCUGCUAUCCUCUCUCCUUUCCGUGGAGUACUUUUCAUCUUUGUAUCUGGCCAUAGGUAACGUACUGCAUCUUUUAUUUGUUUAUCCGAUAUAUUGGCUUUAAUGACUAGAACGUGAAGUCCCAGAAAGCCACUGAGGCAGCUCCAUUCACCGCUGUACCCCUGGCAAUCUGAAGAGCAUUGGGCAUGUCACAGUUACUCAAUAACCUAUUGUUGAAUUAAUGAACACAUGGGAUUCAGGGUUCCUUUAGCGAGGCUAUAGUUUGUCAGGGAAACAAACCAGCUUCUGGGAACACAGAAUAAAAUUUGGUAGGUGAUAAAAAUUCGGUGGCGACCACUAAGUCAUUUUAAAUUCCAGCACAUUGCACAGCAAAAUUGUACCUGUUUUCUCUGCCACGUUUUAAGUAAUCGUGUCUCUAAAAACAGGAUAGAAAAGGAACACAAAUGAGUCCUUCCCAAUAUAGACAGGGCAGUAGUUGCAAUCACCAUUUUCUGUUUUUGCCUUUAAAUGUAAUGUCACUU